GAGAGAGAGAGAGAGAGAGAGAGAGAGAGAGAGAGAGAGAGAGAGAGAGAGAGAGAGAGAGAGAGAGAGAGGGAGAAGAUGAAGGGGGGAGGGCAUACGUGGGGAGUGAACGAGGGGAUUCAGGAAGUGGCAAGUGCGGCGCUGAAGGAGGUGCUGCUGAGGCGAUGGCUGCGAUGCGCAGGUAUAACUGUAGUAAUGAGCUAUGGACUCCUGGUGAUGUGGAACCUGGUCUCAUGGUGGCGGAAAGGGAUCGUGGAGUGCAUUUUGACGGUUCUUUGCCCGCAGUCGUGGCCUUCUCUUGCCGUCUUCGCCUCAGCCCAGCUUCUCUUCAUCUUGGCUAAUUGGAUUGUGUCGGAACCAGAAUAUACUCCCUCAGCUUCUGCCGUUGAUAUGCUGCAGACGGCCUGGAUGAACAUUUCUGCUAAAUUAGGGCUAGGUGGAUACGCUGAUCCCGCCAAUCAUGGGAAAAUGGCGGGAAAGUUGGCGCGAGCUAGGAAGGUGGGCGAUCGAGCCGCGUUCUUGGUUCUAGUGAUGGCCUCCGGUGUCUUGGGAUUUCCCGCCUAUCUUGCCCUUCAGCCAUCGCCAUCGCCAUCGUCAUCUCACGAUUUCUUGUUGUCGUCGUCUUCAUCAUCCAACGGUCCAUCUUCUUCGUUCGCGGGAGCUGCUACUACCGGUAGUACCUCGAGUUUGCAAAACGGAGGAUCCACGUUGAGGUUGGCGGCGGGAGUUCUGCUGGGGGCGGUUUAUGCCCUGCGCCAUCUUUAUCGAAGGGACUGGAUUCUCAGUUUCCCGAUCAUCCAGAAACCUUUUUUCUUUCGCGCGAAGCCUGCAUUCCGGGCGGCUGCGUCAGUUGCCUUGUCCCUGACUAUUCCUUUCCUCGUCAUUCUCGAAGUAUUGCUGUGGGUAAGCCGGCAUUGGCUGAAAAGCAGCCGUGAUGCACCGCUGGAUCUGGAGAGAGCAUGCCUCUAUUUCCUCGCAGGCAGCUUUAUCGUCUUCUGCUGGGAGGUGUCGCGGCAUAUAGUGGAGAUUGCUCUCACAGAAAGGCAUGCGUUUGCUCCGCCGCCAGGAUCGCAUGCAAGUGAAACGUCGCCAAGCGGCCUUCUGCUUGCAGCACUCGACUUCUCCAAGCACGGAAACCAAUUGAUAACCUAUCUCGCAUUCCUAGACCUGUGUCAUAUUCUAGAAAGGAACGUCGACCUAUGGCGGCGUGUCGCUGUGUUUGAAGAGAGUGGAGCUGCAUACCGGCAGGUGAUGGGGCACUGUCUGGACCCAGUAAAUGACUUGACGAAUCGCAUCAUUACCUCUUUGGCGGCUGGAAGCGCAGGGGGUGGUGGAAGCGCAGGGAGAGUAAAUGCCUACAAUGCAACCGUGCAAGUAUCGUCGAUCGGCUCGUUAAAGAAAUCUCUUUCUCUGGAAGCAGCCCACCUUCUUUUCAAGGACUACCAGCUUUGCUCAUGGGGUGCUCGGUCGGCCGCGGCGCUCACUGCGAUAUCUCGGAAAGAGGAUGCCUUUGGCAUUGCACAGCUAAGUGGUUGCAAUUCUGCUGUCAUGUCCUCGCUUCUGUCGUGCUUGUUGGCCCUUGAGGCUGUUGGGGGGAAUAAUCCAUCUGGGCUAGCAAAUGUCAUGGUGCGGCCGGGGUUGUCGUCAGGUACUAAUGUCGUUAGCCGAUUGCUCGGGUCCUUAAACCUGCUGUCGUGGGAUGGCGGCGCAGGCAUGGGUCUCGCCCAAUCAAGCAGUGCGUAUGAGCGCAUCUACGCUCUUGUCGACAUCGUAAAGACGUCAAUCUAUAAAAUAGUCGACGCUUUUGGCAACGAGAUGCUUGUGGUAGGCAGUGGGAAAACGGGCCCGGCCGCUGUUGCAUUCCGAGAAUGGAUCGUGGAAAAGCCAUUGUUCGGAUCCCGGGAACGGCUCGGCGAAAAAAUUUCUUUGUUUUUAGAAUAUAAGGAAUAGUGUAGGGAUUUGGUGCUGAUGGACGAGUYUUUUUUUUUUUUUUGCCCGUUGGCUCUUUCGAGUGUACAGUUUGAACGAC